GUAAUGGAGACGUCGCGGUUGCCGGUUGGCGUCCGUCCAGGGACGAGCGACGGCCACGGUCAAGAGAAAACGUCGCCGCGUCGCGCAGCUGUUGGGUUUUGAACGCAUCAGUCGUCAGUCGUCGGUCGCUCAGUAGUCGUUGUUGCUCUGUUGGUGCGAACGCAUCAGUUGCUCAGUUGCUCCGUUGGCCGUUCAGUCACAGACCGCCUUCGCGCCAUGUCGCUGCUAGGAGAGCGCCUCGCCGACAAGGUGAGCAAGUUCAACAGCCAGAUCAACCGCCACCUCGAGAGCCAGCAGCUCAACCCUUUCAGUGGCCAGUUCAGCAGGUCGCCCUCUCCCAGGCCCUUUGCCAAGGACGAGUAUGGCAAACCAGUGGCGGGGUCGUUGACAGAGGUGCGCGGACAUCGUGCGCAGUCGCACAUCUGCAAAGAGGUGCUCGAACUGUGCGAAAUCAUCCAGGAGCUGGGCGAAUACAACAAGCGCCAGAGAGAGAAGCACCGAGACCCGAAUGACGAGGACGACGAAGAUGACAUUCCUGAUGACGGCACCAUCAUUGUCACCUUUGGAGAACUCUUCCAGAUGUACACAAAAAUUUCAAACAAAGUGGUUGGGUUACUCCUAGCAGCUAAGAAACGUGGUCUAGUGUACUUUGAAGGGGAGAUGCUUUUCCAGAGGCGAGAUGAUAAUGUUUUAAUAGCGCUUAUCAAGCCAAUAGAGGAGAUCAGAAGGAUACUGAAGGAGAGCAUAUCGCCAGCACCACUGGACGAUGAGCCCUCGGUUGGAUGUUGAACCUCAUCUUUUCAUUAUAAUUAAUCCAUUUUUUGACAUCAACAAAAUCUUGUUUCAUCACACACUAAUUUGACAGAAACAUAAACAGUGAUGAGUGUUAUAUUUCUACAAGAUACCCCUAUUUUCUAAAAUGUACCGUUAAUAUCUAAAUCUAAUGAAUUUGUACUGUAUAAAUGUAAGUGAAGGUAAUCAAUUAUGAUUGUUUGAAACCGCGAAAUAACUCAAAAUCGUUAAAUUGAUGGUUCACUUUAUAAAAGUAAUUAAAAUACAUCAUAAAACAUUCUUGUAUAGACUGACACAAAAUAUUGUAUUGUAAUUCAAUAAAAUCAGUCAUACAUGAGGGUGAACUCAAGUAAUACUCUAAUAGAAUAAAAAUUAGUCGAGUUCUAUGUGUUCUGAGAAAGAGUUUUAUACAAGCUGGUCCCCUAGGUAGAUUGUUCUGGCAAUAAUAUAACAAUUAUUUUGAAAUAACUGGUAAAUUGUAGCAUAUCUUGUGCAAGUCAAAUGAAAAAAGCCCUUGGGUUCUAUCAAUUCAUUUCAUAUUUCAGAUGAAAUGUUUCUAUUGAUUGUUUCAAUUGAGCAAUAAUUCGAAAACUUUUCAGUCACAAACUAUUGUACAUUUUGUGCAUUCCAUUAAUUGUUACUUCAUUACAGCAUUAUAGCCUAACAAAAUACCUAAUAUAAAUUAUUAUCAUAAUCAAAUUUAUAAACAUGAAGCACAGGAUAAGAACCUUCAUUAAAUUUUGUUUGUAUAAUUGUUUUCUCAAGAUCUACUUUUGACGUUUUCAUUUAUAGUAAAAAUAUGGUAAUGAAAUGUUAAAAAAUGAAAUAUCAGCUAUACGAAAGAGCAUACCGUGAUGUUACAAACACUCUGAUAAACAAACCCCAAAUAAAUAUUGAAGCGUGGAUGUGUCUAGUAUGUGAAAAGAAUAGCAUUUAUUUAUAAGGAACGUGCAAACGCUUUGUAUCUUCGCUUUAGGAUAAAUUAUGAUUAUUUCUUUGUAUUUAUUGAAUUAUUAUUGAAUACCGUAACAAUAAAUUGAUUCGUUUUGUA